GAUCUAUUAACAAGACAAGGCCGGAACAUAACGUAAAAUGUUCUCGAAUGAAAUUAUAUUUACAGGUGUACAUGUUUGGAAAGCAAGAUGUUCCAACAUUAACAAGCUUAGCAGCUGAUGUUCUCAGUGUAACACCACACAUGCAUGUGAAGAGAUACUUUACUAUCAAGGAGAUUGAUAAUCAACCAGAGGUGAAAGAUGUCAAUAUAAGGCAAAGGAAAUGUAGAUUUAACGAUGAAUCAGAUUUGGAUGUAUAUCGAUAUUACAGCUACAGUGCUUGUACAGUGCAGUGCAGAAAAGAUGCUCAGAUGAAUAAGUGUGGAUGUGCCCAUCAUCUUAUGCCUAAUACCACCUUCAAAAAUCAAUGUAAGUUUAAUGGACUGAGAUGUCUCAGCGCAAACUAUAACGAACUAAGCAUACUAAAAGCAAAAUGGGCCAACAAGACUGGACUGUAUUGUGAAUGUUUACCCAGUUGUACUGAAAUUGAACUGUCUGUCCUCAGAGAUGAUAUUGAAGGAAUUCUAUCGGAGUAUGCUGUAGUUGAGCUGAUUUUGGACAGGCUACCAACAGAGAGAUUUAAAAGAAACGUUGUGAAAGGCAAGCUGGAUUUAGUCGCCUUUUGA